CGGGGUCCGGUUUAGCGGCCGCGGCGGCUCCCGCGCUCCCGGCAACGGCGGCGGCCCCGGAGCGGGUCCGGGCCCGGGGCCACGGUGCCUCUCAAGCACUGAAAGGCCGCGGUAAGUUCUCCCCGGGUGCGCCGAGGCAGCGUCUCCAAGAGAAGAGUGAGCCAUCCAGCGCUAAUUCCGGGGAUGGAAAAUGGGGCUGAGUUAGAGCUGGGACGGGAAAACGCGAACGGAAGGCCCUGAGUGUGGGAGCCAUGGAGAGGGGACUCGUGGCAGGGGCCGUGCGCAUCGGGAACCAGCUCAUUCUGGAAGAAGAUUACAACGAUUCCUACGUUCCUGAUGAGCAAGAAAUCCGGAACUUUGCACCGAUAAUCGGGAUUGACCCCGAGAAGGAGUCAGAGCUGCUGUGGCUGGCCAGGGAGUGCCUGGUGGCCCCGUUACCCCCUGACUGGAAGCCCUGCCAAGACACCACUGGUGAUGUGUAUUACUUCAACUUUGCAACGGGCCAGUCCAUGUGGGAGCACCCCUGUGAUGAGCAGUACAGGGAGCUGGUGAUCCGGGAGAGGGAGAAGCUGCUGGCACAGGGCAGCCUGAGGAAGGAGAAGAAAGAGAAGAAGCAGAAGAAAGAAAAGAAAGAGAAGAAGGACAAGAAGGAGAAGCAGUCGCGGAAGCAAACCCCUCCCUUGGGCCCCCACCUGGCCCCCAUCCAGCUGCCCCUGGGGACCCUCUCUCCUCUCCGUGGCCUCGCUCCGUCUCAGCCCGUCGUCCUUCGUGGGUCCCCGAGCGUGGGCAGUGUGGUGGACUCCGACCUGAUGGCCAGGGAAGGAACACAGCUUGCAGAGAUCUGUAAGCCCACUGGGCACACCAGGAACCUGCUGGGCUUGCUCUGUGACGACGAGAAGAUUUCCCUGGACACGGCGGCUCUGGAUAAAUGGAGAAACGAGGAGGACGACAGUGAAAAUGAGAGUUUCCGUGGGACAUCAGGACUGUUAAAAAACCUGUACUUGGAUGUCGACGCCCUGGGAGGCAGCUUUGACUUUGAGCUUUCAAAGGCGUCGGAGAUCAGCGGGGAGGACCUGCAUGUCUCCAACGGCUCCAACAGGGAGCUGGCUCAGCCUGUGGUGUUGGGCUUCCAGAGCCAGCUUCCUGAGGAAGUACUGGAUGCAGGGGCUCCUGUCUUAGGCAGCCCCGUGUGCAAGGCCCAGGAGCUGGGAGAAGAGGAAAAAGACCAAAGCAAAGCCAGUACAGAGGAAGAGCAAAGCAAAAGAACAAAAGCUCCUGAGAGCGAGAGGGAUCUCGGUGCUUGUGAAACACCAGAGGAGUGUUUGGGUUUAGAGAACCCCGAUGGGGAGGAGGCGGCGGCCCUGGAGCGGGAGGAGGGAUCGCUGGGCAGCCCGAUGGAUCCAGAGGAGCUGUCUGCCCCACGGGACACGCAACCUGAGGAGGAAAUCAAGGACCAGCAGUCCUUGAACCAGCCUAAAGAAGAAUCCCUGGAGGAAAGAACCAAGAAUGUGGAGACAGAGCUUGAGCAAGAGGAAAUUCAUUUAUUUCAAGCAAAGGAGGAGAAAAUUCAGCAAUUCCAGGAGGAGACAAGGCAGGAGGAGGAAGCAGAGAAGCUUGAUCAGCAAAAAGAAAAAUCCCUCAGGACUCCAGAAGAAGACUUGGCAAAGGUUUCUGAGGAGGAAGAGCUGCGUGUCAGAGAGGAAGAAGCUGAGAGACUGGCGAAGCUGAGAGCCAAGAUCUCCUCAGAGACGGAGGCAGAGGAGGAGAGGAUGAGGGCAGAGCAGGAGGCCACGCUGCAGAAACUAAGGGAAGAGUGGGAAUCCCAGCAGCUGAAGGAGAAGGAGAGCCUGGAGAGGAAGCAGCAGCUUGCCUUGGAGGAAAUGAAGGUGGAAAUGGAGGAAGCCCAGCGGAAAGAGAUCAGGGAGCUGGAACGAGAGAAGGAACAGUUCCUGAGCGAGGUCAGGGAGAGGUUAGACAGGGAGAAGAAGAAGGCAGUAGAGGAGCUGGAGAAACAGUUUGCAGGUGAACUCCAGCAGCUGAAGUCUGCAGCAGAAGAGAAGCAUCGUGAGGUCAUUUCCAGCCUGCAAACCCAGCUAGCAGAGGCACAGAGCAGCCAGGAGGCUCAGCUGCGGGAAGACUUGCAGAGAGCGGGUCAGAAAGUGCAGCAAAAAGCCUUCCAAGUGAAGGAAUACGAGCGGGAGCUCAGCGAGCUCAUGAGCGAGAAACGGCACGAGGUGGAAAGAGACCACGAGAGGAGGAUGGAGAGGAUGAGACAGGAGCACCGGGAGGCCUUAGCCCGGAUUAAGGAGCAGUUUGAGGAGGAGGAGCGGAGGCGGAGGUCGGAGCUGCUGCAGAGGGUGCAGAGCGAGACCCUGCAGCUCUGGCAGUCCCACAACGCCGAGGUGAAGGCUCUGCAGGAGGAGCUGGAGGGGAGGCUCACCGACCUGAAGCACAGGCACAGGGAGAAGGAAAGAAAAAUCCAGGAUGCGGAGAACGAGCUUGAAAUACGUGCAAAGAGCCUCCAAGCCAGAUCAGAGCAGCUCCUCAGCCAGGAGGAGGACCUGCGAAGGAAAAGGCAGCAGCUGCUGGAUGAGGACAGGAGGACACAGCUGGAAAGGGAUGAAGCUGCUUUGGCCUCUCAGCUGCGCCUGGAGGAGAGCAGGAAGGAGCAUGGCAGCCUCCUCGAGUCCGUCCGGCAGCUGAGGAAGUCUCUGGAAGAGCUGCAGGACCAGAAGGCUGAGCUGGAGGCCCAGGUGGACCUGCUGCAGACCCGGAGCCAGAGGCUGCAGAAGCGCAUCGGUGAGCUGGAGGAAGCAGUCAGGAGCAGGCAGGAGACUCUGAAAGAACUGGAGGCAGAAGAGAGUGUGGAGUCUCCAAGAAAGCAAACUGAGCUCCGUAUUGAAGACCUGAGAGAAAGUACUCAAGCUCCCUCAUCCAGAGAACUUGCCUCCUCAGCCUCUCAGAGCCACGAGGAAAGCGACUUCCAGUGUGAUCCUGUCCGGAGCUACAUCUCUGCGGAAGGGGCCUCCCUCCGGAGUGCCAAGGAGUUCCUGCGGCACCAGACCCGCUCCAUGAGGAAGAGGCACUCGGCGCUGAAGGCUGCGAGGGUGCAGUGGCGCCAGGACCUGCAGAGGGCACAGGAGGCACUGCAGGAUCCCCACAGCUCCCAGCUCCUGGAGGGCAUGCGCCAGAACCUGGAGGAGGAGGCAAAGCACUUGGACAAGAUGAAGUCGGCCAUGCAGAAAGGGCAGGUGCUGCUGCAGAAGAAGGAGGAGAAGCUCAGCCAGCUGGAGUCUUCACUGCUGGAGGAGCUCUCAGAUGAGGAUACACUGAAGAGUGCUGCCUGCAAGAAGGUGGUGACUUUUGAUCUGAGUGACUCUGAGGACACAGAGAGUGCAUCCAUUGGAGAACUGUGUCAGCCUAAAUUUGAUUUUAGGACGGAUUUAUGGCCUGUCCCCCAGCUGGACAAGAUCCAGCACUUGAGGGACUCUCUGCAGUGUAUCACCAGUGAGCUGAACGGGGUCCUGGGUGUCCUGGACUCCCUGAGCCAUCACCACACUCCUCUCUUCGCCUCGACAGCCCGUGAUGGCAUCCCUCUGUCCACAUAUUCCUCCUUGGCAGGCCUGCAGGCAGGCAGCUCCCUGGGGGAUAUUUCCAGGGUGCCUUCCACCGACAGGUGGGCCUGGAACAGUGGGCUGAGCACCGGUGUCUCCAUCUCAGGGCGGUCAGUGGACAACAUCCUGGCAGAGAAAUGGCACAGGUAUUUCCCAGAUGGGAUCUCAUCGCUCAGUGGGAAUCCCAAGCCUCUGGACAACAAGCUGGGAUACAUACCUGCAGAUGAACAAAUCCGGCAGCUGCAGCAUUCCAGGUUCCACGAGCCGGGGAAGAUGAGCAUCGAAGGAAUGAUCGAGAGCAACAAGAAAUGGCUGAAAAGCUUCAGGAAGGACUCAAAAGCACCUCUCUCCCCACGUGCACAGAAGCCCCCGGCCAGCAGCACCAGCCCCAGCCUCCUCCAGCUGGGAAUGGAUGAAAACAGGCAAAUUAAGGUGUACCACUACUAAAAGAUGCCGAGCCACUUGCCAUUUUGCCUGAUGAGGACGCCUGCACUUCAAGGGAUCCCAUCUGUGAAAAAUGAUCUUCAAAGCCAUUUCUCCUGAGAUGCCCCUCACCCUCCGUGCUGUGUGUGCUCCUCGGGUGGGUGAUGAUGCACAGCCCCCUCCUGCUCUGCUCCUGGGUGGUGUGUGCUGGCACACGCCGUGAGCACGGCAGGGGGAUGUUUACAUGCAAAUAGAAAUAUAUUUUUGAUGAGCAUCGUUUUAAAACUCUUAAGAAUGUUUGUAUAUUUUAUUUUACUUUUUUUUUUUUGCUUAUUUUCUUAGAAUUUUUGUAAUUACUCAGCCAGCCUUAGUCCUCUCUAGGAAGGGAGGGAUCAAAACACGGGUUUCCCAUCUGCUGUCGGAUUGCACCAACCCCUGUCUGUAGGGAUUUUGCUUUUAGUUUCCUGGAUACUGGGGGAAACAUGGCAACCUUCCAGUCAGGUGUUUUAGAAGGGACUCCAUGGUUCUGGCUCACUGUGGCUAAAGCCAUUAUCACUGAGUCCACUCUGUGUGUUGGGAGAAGCAUGGAUUAGUGCUGCAGAGAAAUACCAGUUUUUUUAACAAUAACUCGGUUUGAAACGUGUUCCUUUUUCCUGUUAAAACCUGGGAUAGCAGCUGUAUCUGGUUUUGUACAAAAUUAAAUCAACAUGAGCCUGUUUUGUGUGAUGGUGGUGGUUGUAGCUCUAUUUUGUUGUAGCUCUGGAUAUCCAGCUGUACUUGCCUCUCACAUCGUUCCCUUGCUUGUCUCUGGGCAGUCUCAUGUUUUGUCUUCUCAAGGUCAUUUCUGGCAGUUUCCAAGACCACUUCAGCUCGUUGUGGCCUUAUUACCAUUAUUCUUUUAAGCAUCUGGUCAGGGUAGCAAAUGCAGGGACAGGAAAAGCUAAAAACCAAAACUACAGAACCAAGACAAGGUGUUGUGCUGGAGCUUCUCUCUGGCACCUUGGGAUCUGUUAAAAUUGUGUAACUGGAGAUUGGCUGUGGCUGCUGAUUUCCCAUGUAUUUGGGAGCAGCCAGGAAUUCCCCCAGCAGUGCACUGGGUGCUUCUGGGAUCCCGUGGUGGGAUUGCUGAGUAAUGCUCUCCUUAGGAAUUAGGGAGGAUUGGUGACGUUCUUCUCUCUUCCCGUGGCUUGUUCCUGUCCCCCUGUGGCUUCCUGCCAGCCACCCGUGGGAGCUGGAGGACUGGUGAGGCACAGUGUGUGGAUCAGCUGGUCAUGCAGAAAUGGAGGCUGAUAAUUUUGUCCUUAAAAAGAAAACACACCACCACCACUUGACUUGCCCCAGUUCCUGCAAAGAGCACAGGGCAGCUCUGAGACAUCCCAAGUCCGGUCUGGACUGUGAGAGCCUCCUGGUGUGGGGGUUUUGCUGUGAUCUGAACCCAGCCUGGGGCUGGGCUGUGCGUGUGUGUCUGUGCUCACUGCCCUGCCCGUGUACCUGGAGAAGGGGAUUUGCUUUUCCUGGAAUGCCAGCAGCGUGUCUGUUGGAGAAACUCGGCGAUUAGAAGUUAAAAGGGCAGCGCUCGAUUACUUCACCAGGAGGAGCUCGAGCCAUAAGCUCAUUAAGGGCUUGGUCUCUGCCUGCCCAAGGAGGGACACUUCAGUCCCUGGCUGCUCGGACAUCACCGUGCUCUGCUCCCAGAGCUGUGCCUUCCCGGGACAGAGGGAGCCCCUGGACACCCCGGCCAUGCUGGGCACCCUGAUGACAGCGCUGUUCUUUGUGGUGAGGGCGGUCAGGCAGGUGAGUCCGGGCUGGGAUUUAUUGCUUCCCUUUUAUUUCUCCCCUAGGGCUGCUCUCCGUGGAGACAGGGAGAGGAGGCAGUGGUCUCCACUUAUCCUGGUGGGAAUGGCCUUCUGUGCCUGCUCAGCCCCUGGCUGGGAGGUUUGGGAGCCCUGUGGGCUCUGCAGCCCCAGGACCUCCCGAUGAGCUGCUCGUCAGGGUGGUGCCAGGAAGGGUUCUGGUCACUGGUGGUGCAUGUGGAGGAGCAGCAAUUUCUGUUGCUCUUCCCCUUUCUCUGCUGUCCUCUUACCUGCUGCAAACCCUUUCUGUGUGCAGCUGGAGACCAGCCUGUUCCGUGAGGAGCCCCUGCCUUACCUGGUGUACCAGCCCCUGCCCUGGCAGAUCCAGUGCGUGUCCCAGAGCCGCCGCACCAGCCGGGACAGCGAGAGAGGAAAGAGCUCUCGGCACAACAGCAUCUACUCACUUUCUGGAGACAAAGGUGAUGUGACCCCUGAUGACAGCAAGGACAGCACGUUCUUCAGCGACCCUUCGGAGAGGGCAGCCAUCACCAUCCAGACCCACUUCAGGAGGUACCAGCAGCAGAAGCAGGAAAAGAAGUAGAUACAUCAGCCACCCGUGCCCUGCACUGUCCCUCCUGUUUGUCUGUUCUGUACCCCAGAGACAUUUGGGGCUGUGGUGACUGUGAACCUGCCCCUGAACCUACACCUGCACCCCCUUGGUGCAGCUGUAGGUUCUCUGCCCUUGUGUUGGUCGCUGCUCAGAGCGAGCUCUCUGUCCUGCUGUCCUUCCCCAGACAGCAUUGCCUUGUGGGCCAGGGUGCAGCUGGAAGGGGGCUGUUGAGGACCUUGGAACAGGGGGGUGAUGCUGCAGCCUGUCCUUGGCCAGCCCUUGGGUCACAAUGAGUGAGUCCCAGCAGCUGUGUGGGUGGCAGUGGGGCCCUGCACAGCUGAAGGUGGUUGUGCUGGCUGGUCUCUGCCCAGCUGGGGCUUGUUUCACUCACCACUGACCCUCCCCUGUGCCUCUGCCUCCUUCACUCUGCUUCUGGAGUUGGAUGGAACAACUACCUUUGUCCUCUGCUCUGGGUGGAUGGCUGGCAGAGGUGCCAGCACAGUGUCCAGGAGCCAGCCUGGAGUGGGAAUGUCACCGAGGGGAUGUGCUGCAGGCAACUCAGGAGCUGAGCUGUGAGCUGAUCUUACCUUUUCUUGGGGACAACUGGUUGGGGUGCCAGAGCAAGUGUGGGGUGAGACUCUGUCUCCUGAAGCUGAACCUGCUUUUCUUCCUGAGGCAGCCCUCUGGUAAUGCUGGUGUUUGGGUUAGAGCCCACCCAGCCCCUUGCUCUGGUGCUUUGGUGCAGCAAAGCUGAACAGAGACCUGCAGGCAGGUCAGGCAGGGACAGGAGUCCAGGAGAGUCUUGGGUCUGAGUGUCUCUGUUUCUGAGUGCUGUUGUUUGCAGCUUGAAAGAGGGAAUAUGAAAGCACAGAGCUCUGGGCCAGCACAGAAACAGGAGAUUUGCUGUGAGCAGGG